UGUUGUUGUUGUUUUAUGUCCUUUCUCCUUGUUUCAAACUUUGAAGUGUCCCCCGUAGUCCGGGGAAAGCUGGUGGGUCGGUUAUGUAAUCCGCCACCCCCAAAUUCCAUCACUUCUGUUUUCCAAGAAGCCCAUUUCUUCUUGGCUCCCAGGCCCGUAACUCAAACCUGGCCGAUGGAACAGAUAGCCGCCGCACUGUCACGCCAACUGGCUAAUGUUUCUUCUAAUUUGAGGCCUUAACAGCUGCAUUUAGUCAAAAUUGCCCACCUUCCUGAAACCUGAGCUUUCAAGAGCCCCAAACUCAAUAGGCCGGGGAGAGAGGGGUGGGGGGGUUCCGAAAAGUUGUGUGCUCCAGAAACCUGGGUCAAAAGACAGUUUCUCAAGGAAGAGACGGAAUGAGCCAUGUCCACAGCAGAGAUGGCCUGUCUCGGGCCGUGAUGCGCUGGCAGAGGGGCUGCAGGCCUGAGGGAGAGCAGGAUGGAGGACAGAGGGGCCAAGAAAGCUCCGGCAAAGGCCGCCUCCCCGUGCAAGAUCCUCAAGUGCAACUCUGAGUUCUGGAGCGCCACGGCGGGCGGCCACUCCCCGGCCUCGGACGACGCGCCCGAGUUCUGCGCGGCCCUGCGCACCUACGCCCUGUGCACGCGGCGCACGGCGCGCACCUGCCGGGGCGACCUGGCCUACCACUCGGCGGUCCAUGGCAUCGAGGACCUCAUGAGCCAGCACAACUGCUCCAAGGAUGGCCCCACCUCGCAGCCGCGCCUGCGCACGCUGCCGCCGCCCGGGGACAGCCAGGAGCGCUCCGACAGCCCCGAGAUCUGCCACUACGAGCGCAGCUUCCACAAGCACGCGGCCGCCCCCAACUACACGCACUGCGGCCUCUUCGGGGACCCGCACCUCAGGACCUUCACGGACCGCUUCCAGACCUGCAAGGUGCAGGGGGCCUGGCCGCUCAUCGACAAUAACUACCUGAACGUCCAGGUCACCAACACGCCCGUGCUCCCCGGCUCGGCCGCCACGGCCACCAGCAAGCUCACCAUCAUCUUCAAGAACUUCCAGGAGUGCGUGGACCAGAAGGUGUACCAGGCCGAGAUGGACGAGCUGCCGGCCGCCUUCGCCGACGGCUCCAAGAACGGCGGGGACAAGCACGGGGCCAACAGCCUGCGGAUCACGGAGAAGGUGUCGGGCCAGCACGUGGAGAUCCACGCCAAGUACAUCGGCACCACCAUCGUGGUGCGCCAGGUGGGCCGCUACCUGACCUUCGCCGUCCGCAUGCCGGAGGAGGUGGUGCACGCCGUCGAGGACCGCGACAGCCAGGGCCUCUACCUCUGCCUGCGGGGCUGCCCCCUCAACCAGCAGAUCGACUUCCAGGCCGCCCGCGCCCCCGAGGGCCCGGCGCCCGCCGCCCCCGACACCUUCCCCUACGAGACGGCCGUGGCCAAGUGCAAGGAGCGGCUGCCCGUGGAGGACCUGUACUACCAGGCCUGCGUCUUCGACCUGCUCACCACGGGGGACGUGAACUUCACGCUGGCCGCCUACUACGCCCUGGAGGACGUCAAGAUGCUCCACUCGGACAAAGACAAGCUGCACCUGUACGAGAGGACGCGGGAGCCCCCCGGCCGGGCAGCUGCCGCGGGGCUGGCCCCGGCCCCCCGGCUCCUCCUGGGCGGCCUCCUGCUCCUCGCCCUGCUCCCCGUGUUCCCAGAGGCCCUGGCCGCAUAGGAUGGAGAGCGAGGCGACUGCAGAAGGGCCGGGCUUCCCGGCGGCCCCGGCCUCGGAGGGGCCAGAAGCGAGGCAGCGCUGGCUGGUGAGCUUGGGGCGGUUCCCUCGGCGCUGACUCGGCUGCUGCUGCUGCCAGGGCUGGGGCUGGGGCGGCCCCUCGCCCUCCCCGGGGGCCCCCGACAGGCUGUGGUGACCCACUGGUGCUGUGCCCGCUGCGACGGUGCAGCUGAGUGACGGGAGAGCCGCCCCCACCGCCCC